GAUCUAUAGAAAAUGAUCCCUCUUAUCUCCUAACUGAGACUAAUCAGUUUAUACACCCACUCAGAAGCUUUGGCAUCUCUCAAUAAUAUCGCCCCUCACCAUGCCCCGCAAAAAAUAUGGCAAAGUGAAGCAGACGCGACUCACUUUCGCGUCACCCGCAUUCCCUCCUGAUAGCGAGCACGAGUCACCCCGCACAGAAGAUCGUUAUGCUACACUUCGGUAUACUCAUCCAUCAAAAUCCACAGUCAGCGAUGUCUCGUCAAGGCUGGGGAAUAAGAAAAAGAGCCUUCCGGCAAAGGCGCCAUCAGUUGCGUCGUCUUCUGAUAUUGAGAGCGCACCGGUUGCCACUCCUUCGAUAAAGAAGUCAUCUGAAGUGAUUACGAUCAAUGAUGAUGAUGAAUCAGAGAAAGAUAUCGCGAGUCAUCAUUCACCGUCAAAGGCUGCAUGCAGCGACGAAGCUUCAUCGUCUGAAGAGGACGUAGUCAACACUUCCAUGAGAAAGAAACGCAGAGCUCAGCCGAUAGUGAUUGAAAAUGAUACCGAGAGUGAAAGCAACAUGCCGUCUAGAGUAUCAAAAAGAAAGCGUUCAGACAGCAAUGAAAGACCCCAGAGAAAUACUCGUGGGGAUGGAACUCCAAGUCGACAAACGAGAUCGGCAGCCAAGUCGCUCGAAGCAAAACGAUCUGCUUCUAAACAAGAAGCGCGCGAAGCUGUAAAGAGAUCGGCAUCCCAUCUUCUCUCAGACCUAGGGUCGCCGGAGACUAGCGAUGCUGACGAACUUGUUACACAGCCUCGUAAACGGAGGCGUCAAACCACUCAGAGGACUGCAGCAUCAGUUGAUGUCGAAGGUGAGGAAGAGGAGGUGGAGGAAGACCCAAUUGUGUCGUCUCCGGCAAAGAGAAUAUUGCGCAGAGGCGUCUCGGAUGUGCCUCGGACGCCACGUCGAACCUCCGAUCAGGAAAGACUCGAUUUGAAAGAGGACCUCGAAGAUCUACAAGAUUCAGUGGUUAGGGCGACACGGACGCGUGGUCAUCUCGCCAACUCUGCACGAUCUCAAAGACAAAAACAAUUAGACCUCCUCCGACGACGUCGUGCCGGCGAGAGAAUGAGCGACAUCUCGUCCGAAGCCGAACUCGAAUCCGAGCAUGAAUUGGAAGGAUCGGAGAUUGAAGACCACGAAUCUGAAGACGAGACCCAGCCGCCGAUCAAAAGCAUCUUACCUUAUGACGACAGCGACAUAGAGUCUGCUAUUGCUAGUGACGAAGAUCUUGAUCGGUACGAUGAUGACUUCGUGCUCGACGACGAUGCUACCGAACUGGGAGUACCUACUCAAGAUGAAGCAAUGCCGAUUGAAUUCUCGAGGCACAACUAUAAACAGCCGAAGGAGUACUUCCACGAUGCGGUAGAAUGGAUGGUGCACAAUAAGCUAAACCCGGCCUUUCCUCGCGAUGAUGAUCUCUACAAGGUUGCGUUCAUGAAGCUGGAAACCGAAGUGCAGGGCCGCGCUGGUUCUCAGUUGGUGUCUUCCGCGUGGAGUUCCAGCUUCUGCAGGGCACUUAUGGCGCGGCCACACAUUGAAGAGACGGCGUUCCCAAUCACAGACGGCCAUCCGUGUGAUGCAUGCAAGCGGUCCGGUCAUCCGGCAUCGUUUGAUAUCAAGCUCUACGGCAAAGCAUACUCCCUAGAAACACUCGAGCCAUUAUCAGACGACGACGUUAGCGCCGAGGAAGAAACGACUGAACGCUCAGAACCUGGUGAGAGAGAUAGGAAGGGCCGGAUUCUUCCCGAUGAGAACAUCCGAUGGUUUCUAGGAAGACACUGCAAAACCAAGGCCACAAUGGCUCACACGCUGGUUCACUGGCGUUUCCAUCUGAAUGAAUGGGUCAUUGGUUAUCUCGAGGGCCAGGGAGUUCUGACGGACAAGAUGAUUGUCAAGCGAAGUCACUGGAGCCAAAAGAAACUAACGAAAUACGCCAACUCGGUCCGGGAUCAAAUGGUGGAAAACGGAGAGGUGAGGAAGCUCUGGCGAGAUUUCCACAUCAAACUCAAGACUGCUCGAGAAACAAAGGAAUCUCGUUGGUAGAAGCCGGAGAUGGAAUUGAGAUAUACCCUUUGAGCCUUUUCCAUGUAUACAUACUAUAUUCAGCAUGUAUCUAAGCCAGAAACAAUUCAUGCA